AUGUCGUGAAAAAAAUUGGUACCCUAAACAACAUAGUGUGGUUUGUUCAAGGCACUUUUCUGAAGACAACUUUUGACGAACAAGGAAUCGAAGACGAUUGAUGGAUUCUGCUAUUCCAAGUCUAUAUUUACCAAAUUUGGAAUAUACUCGUAUUCUUAAUACAGCUGAGAGAGGCAAUUUUACUGUAGACUUAUCACAGGCUCUCUCAAAUUCGUCAUCUGAUUCCACUGAAGAGGGUAAUUUGGUUAUAAACUUAUCUCCAAAUUUGACUACAGUCGAUUCUUCUCAUACUCUCUCAAAUUCGUCAUCUGAUUCCACUGAAGAGGGUAAUUUGGUUAUAAACUUAUCUCCAAAUUUGACUACAGUAGAUUCUUCUCAUACUCUCUCAAAUUCGUCAUCUGAUUCCACUGAAGAGGGUAAUUUGAAUAUAAACUUAUCUCCAAAUUUGACUACAGUAGAUUCUUCUCAUACUCUCUCAAAUUCGUCAUCUGAUUCCACUGAAGAGGGUAAUUUGGUUAUAAACUUAUCUCCAAAUUUGACUACAGUAGAUUCUUCUCAUACUCUCUCAAAUUCGUCAUCUGAUUCCACUGAAGAGGGUAAUUUGGUUAUAAACUUAUCUCCAAAUUUGACUACAGUAGAUUCUUCUCAUAUUCUCUCAAAUUCGUCAUCUGAUUCCACUGAGGAGGGUAAUUUGGUUAUAAACUUAUCUCCAAAUUUGAGUACAGUAGAUUCUUCUCAGACUCUCUCAAAUUCGGCAUUUGAUUCUGCAACUAAUCGCACUGAAGCGGGUGAUUUGCUUAUGAGCUCACAUUUGAUGCCUACAGUCGGCUCAUCUCUGGAUCGCUCAAGUUCGACAUUUGAUUUUGCAACUAAUCCCACUGAACAGGGUAAUUUUCCUACAAGCUCAUCCUCACAUUUGAUGUCUACAGUAGGCUCAUCUCUGGCUCGCUCAAAUUCGACAUUUGAUUUUGCAACAAAUCCCACUGAACAGGGUAAUUUUCCUACAAGCUCAUCCUCACAUUUGAUGUCUACAGUAGGCUCAUCUCUGGCUCGCUCAAAUUCGACAUUUGAUUUUGCAACUAAUCCCACUGAACAGGGUAAUUUUCCUACAAGCUCAUCCUCACAUUUGAUGUCUACAGUAGGCUCAUCUCAGGCUUGCUCAAAUUCGAUCUGUGAAGGAAAAUUGACGCAUGGUCACAAUACUCCGACGAGAAAGAAACAGUUUUACGGUGCUACAGACGUAUCUCCACCAAUGUACGACUCGCCUACCCAAAAACGUAUAUGUAGAAGAAUAAUAGAAAUGAAGCACACUUUGUCAAAUAAAAUAAAACCUUAAGAAAACUUAAGCGCGAUCAAAGCAGAAUCUAAAAAGAAAAAAUGGAGAUACAAUGAAUGUUACAAAAUUUAGAAAAAGAAACCUAG